AUGCCCUCUCCUCCGCCUCCACUCCUGGAUCCCAUCCGCGACCGUUCCCCACGACACGCCCUCGCUCACGAGGUGCAUCGUCACCCCCAGCGUCUCGGUAUCCCUGUUCCGGGUCUCGUCGUCGAAGAAGAGCAUGUCCUCGUACGCGACGCCCGUCCUGCGCUGCAGCGCCUCCAUGUGCCGGACCUUGGACCCCGGGUAGAUCUCGGUGCCGCCGUCGAAGGCGUCGAGGGCGCGGCGCUGCCUGCCCUCGACGCCGACGGGGAGGUGGAGCAGCUUGAGCAGGUCGCGGGCGAGGGAGGGCGCCGAGGUGCGGGAGGCGACGGCGAGCCUGGGGCGGUGGGCUGUGCCGAGGUGCGGGAGGGCGUGGAGGAUGGGGGCGACGUCCGGGUAGAAGGCGAAGGACUCGCCGAGGCGGUCGGUGGCGGCGUUCUGCGGGUUGUUGUUGGCGGUGGUGGUGGGCUUGAGGGGCGGGGAGACGUGGCAGUCGACCCAGAAGGGCCACAGGGUGUAGUCGAGGUCGAAGAUGAUGAGUUUUGGGAGGGGGAGGGUCGGGUCGCGGAGGGAGGAGGGGAGGGAUUCGAGGGUUGCGGGGAGGGAGGGGGCGGUUGUGCCUGGUGCGGAGGCGCGGGAGAGGCGCCGGGGCAUCGUGAGGGAGGUUUUGGUUUGUUUAUUGGCGAGAUGAGAUGCGUUCGCCUUUGUUUGGUGGGGGUUUGGUGGUACAAUUGCGACGAGGUGGGGGAUAAGCGAUUGGCGAUUGGGACUUGGGCAGGGGUGUUGAUCGGUGGACGGAACCUCAUGAACAGUGGCAGCUUUCAGCUACUUUAG